GCGGUGGGUAUCAAAAAAUGCGGCUGCUAUUUUUUUUACUCUGCAGCACCGUAGCUUUUAACUGCUGCAAAGCUGUUAACAGCGAGAAAACCGACAAAGAAUAUUUCUUAUUGGAAGCGCAGAAAUUUUUACUCGAAAUCGUGUGGCAUGUACAGGAGCCAGUGGCGCUGGCCGAGUGCCAGGACGUUGCAUUUGUCAAUGAUGAGACACAAUAUAAGAAAUUCGACAGUGACAUGCAACGCUUCGUAAAGGAUGUGCAACAACAACGCUUACUAUCACGAAAUGACUUCUUUAGCGCGAUUGUGCACACACAUCACCAGCAAGCUUUGGGCUUAUACAAAUUACUGGCAUAUACCAAAGACUGGACCUUAUUUAAGCGGAAUGUGUGCUGGGCACGCACACACGUCAAUCCUGGCAUGUUCGUUCACGCACUCGACUUAACGAUUAGACAUCGUAAAGACUGUGAAAUCUUUGCGUUGCCACCGAUCUAUGAAAUAUUUCCACAACACUUCUUCAACAGUGAAGUGAUACAGAGAGCAAUGACGGUCAGCAAAACGAAAUUGGAAAUGGCACAAAAGCAAAUGAAUACGGUUAACGUGGUGGAAGCUAAUGGGCUUAAGCGANAUUUCUUAUUGGAAGCGCAGAAAUUUUUACUCGAAAUCGUGUGGCAUGUACAGGAGCCAGUGGCGCUGGCCGAGUGCCAGGACGUUGCAUUUGUCAAUGAUGAGACACAAUAUAAGAAAUUCGACAGUGACAUGCAACGCUUCGUAAAGGAUGUGCAACAACAACGCUUACUAUCACGAAAUGACUUCUUUAGCGCGAUUGUGCACACACAUCACCAGCAAGCUUUGGGCUUAUACAAAUUACUGGCAUAUACCAAAGACUGGACCUUAUUUAAGCGGAAUGUGUGCUGGGCGCGCACAAACGUUAAUCCUGGGAUGUUCGUUUACGCACUCGACUUGACGAUUAGACAUCGUAAAGACUGUGAAAUCUUUGCGUUGCCACCGAUCUAUGAAAUAUUGCCACAACACUUCUUCAACAGUGAAGUGAUACACAGAGCAAUGACUGUCAGCAAAACGAAAUUGGAAAUGGCACAAAAGCAAAUGAAUACGGUUAACGGUAGUAUAGGCGAAAGAAGCUUGCACGAUUGGCAACCCUGGCA